AUGCUUGAGGGUUGCACGACAACUCUAGGCGUGCACGGGACGACGGAGCCGAUGAGAAGUUCGCCGCGGGAGACGAAGGACUGGAUGGGGGAGCUGAAGGCGACGGCGGAUCGGGGCUCGCCUCGUCGGAUGAGGAAGACCUCGACGAAGAACGAGGAUCUGGUGGAAGACUUGUCGACGGAGGCAGAGGCGAGGGGAAAUCCGUCGGAGCCGAGUCGUGUGAAGCCGGGGUCGACUUCUCGUUGCCUGGCGCGCUGCUCGUUGCCGGAGAAGGACCAGCCGGCGAUUGAGAAGGUGAAGGAGGGCGGCGGGUUCAAUCCUCUCGCUUACCCUAGGAUGCUAACCCUGGGCUUCACCGAUUGUUCGGGCCGUGUUGCGGAUCGGGCCCCCAGUCUAGAUGGGCCAAGUGUUGCGGACGGUAAAGAGGAGAAGAGAGCUAGCAGGCUCAUCUUGGUUGGGCCCAAACCGCGGGGCGCAGCGCAUUCAAGUGGGCCGAGUAGCGUUGGCCUCGGCCGCGGGCUCGAAAGGAAAGAAGAGAUUCUUGGGCUCAACUCUGAUCUAAUGGCGAGGUUGUGUGGGCCGCAGAAGAUGGGAAAUCAGGAUGAUCUAGGGUCACUUAAUGGGCAGAGACUUGAGGAAGUUGGGCCAACGGUAAUGGGCAAUUUUGUGGAGAAAGGCAAAAUAAGCCUGAAUCAAGGGGUGGACUUAAAGGAGAAGGAAAAUGGAUCUUUGGCCUUAGCAAAUGUUGUGACGAUUGAGCUUAAAAGAGUUGAGUCUCUUUUAUAUGAUGUGGUCUUCAAAGAGAAAGAAGAUGAAUUCGUGGGUUUAGAUGGUGGGCUCAAGGAAGAACAACUUUUCGAUUCUUACUUUGUGGACUUUGAAAAGGAGGGUGGAGAUUUAUUUGGUCAUGGUUGCGACAUGAUCCACAUGGGUAAGGAAGAAGCAAGGGGAGCCGAAGUUGCUGGAAAUGUAUCAGGAAAUGGAGGAAUUCGUGAAGAGAAGUUAAGAGCGGCACUGCGUAAGAUGGGAGUAAGCAGUGGCGGGAUGGAGGAUGUGAUGGACAAAGUGCGACACAAGCACUAUCAGUUGGCAUGCACGUUAACGUUCGAAGCCAUCCAUGGGUGUCCAAACGACGCUGGAAUUAACCAUCCCAAUCAGUACUUCAGCGACAGCCAGAAGAUGCUAAAGUCCAAGGUUCCUUCGAUCGCCUAGUAUAAGCUUUAUUAGCUUAUACUAAUUGUGAUUUCGGUGGUUCGCCACAUCAGGUCUUUUCCAGUGUGUAGCUUUGCUCCUCAAGUACACAAGAAUGUUCCUCUUUCCAUGGGUUGUAAUUUCAAGGACCCGUUUGGUUUAGCAGCCGGGUUUGGUGAACCAAGCAUCUCUCAGUUUCUAGUGCCUGAUCAAAGGUCUGAACUUUACUCGGUGGAUCUGAAGCUUGGAAGGAGCUUUGGUCCAGGUGAGAAGACAGUAGAGUGCUGUUUUUCCUCUGCUUCUUCUUCAGGGGACUCUGCCAUGGAAUCUUCAUCUUUGGGACCGUCGAAGAGAGCUAGGUUGCCUAGCAAUGGAACCCAAAUCCCAUCUUGUUUGGUUGAUGGUUGCACUGCAGACCUUGGCAAAUGCAGAGAUUACCACCGACGGCAUAAGGUCUGUGAGGUCCACUCGAAAACCGCCAGAGUUUUCAUUAAGGGCCAUGAACAACGCUUCUGCCAGCAGUGUAGCAGGUUCCACUCGUUAGGAGAAUUUGAUGAAGGGAAAAGGAGCUGCAGAAAGCGACUUGAUGGGCACAACAGAAGAAGAAGGAAGCCUCAGCCUGAUUCCCUCUCUAUGAAUUCCGCCAGGCUUUUCUCUGAUCACCAUGCAGGUACAAGAUAUUUGCAGUUUGGCAGCUCACAGAUCUUCUCAACCACAGUUGCUGCAACUUCACAUUGGCAUGCUGGCUCCAUUAAAUCUGAGAAUGAGUCAGUCCUAGAUUACAGUAACAACACCAGCAGCAGCAGCAGCAGACAAUCCACUUUGAAUUUCAUAGCAAGCAACAACAGCAGUCACAAAAGCAGUCUUCUUCUCCCUACUUCUUCAACAUUAUCCCACCAUAGUUCUUAUAACAAAGCAGGGAAGCAGUUCCCUUUCCUACAACAACCCACUGCAGAAGACGAAGAAGCAGCAGGCGACUCAUCUGGUGGUCUACAAUCUUCCAAACUGUUUGUCGAUUCUAAUCGUGCUCUCUCUCUUCUGUCAUCUCCUCCAAUGGUCCAUCCUGAUCUCAACCCACAAGUCCAGAGUUCAGUCCAUAGUUUGAGCAGCUGCUACAAUGGACUAGGCAUUGAAAGUGAAUCAAUUGGGUCUGUUUUGGCAGCAGCUGAUGGAAGCAGCAAUAGUAAUAGCAAUGGUGGUCUGUUUCAGGUUGGACCUGGUGAUGAUGAUGGGUCUAAUGGGAAUGCAAGUGGCUCUCAUGAUCAUCAUCUCCAGACCCUCUCUUUCACUUGGCAGUAAACCAACCAAACAUCUUUUUCAAGUCUUUUAGUGCCAAGGAAAUAAUAAGGAAAAAGGGUUCCUUGUUGUGUUAGAAUUCUGAUGAAUCUUUUUAUUUAUUGCUGAUCUUAUGUGGUAUUCCUCAUUUUGCUCCCUCCAAUCAAGAAUUGUGGGUGCAACAUUUGUCAAAAUGAUAAUGACGUUAGUAUCUCUUAAGAUUCUUAUAAUACGUACUUUAUUGCUUCUAUUGGAUCACUGAG